AGACACUGAGACUUGGACUUGAUCAUCACUUACAGACUCGCUCAGUGUGAACUUGAGUUUGACCCCCGAAACAGCCUGAGCCUCUGAUCGGACUGAGUACCUGGAGCAGAAGAAGCCACCUUCCCACCCAAUCCACCAUGAGAGUCCUGCUCGUUUCUCUACUUCUGUGUGUGCUGGCCCUGGGCUGCAGAGCUCGGAGAAAAUCGGCUCAUGAAUCUGAUUCAUCGGAUUGUGGCUGCUUGAAUAAUGGCGUGUGCAUAUCCUACAAGUACUUCAAGAUUCGUCGCUGUUCCUGCCCAGAAAAUUUCAUUGGGGAGCAUUGUGAGACAGAUAUUUCACAAAAAUGCUAUGAAGGUAAUGGUCACUCUUACCGAGGAAUGGCCAGCCGGGACAUCAGGGACAAGACUUGUUUGAAGUGGAACUCACCCCUCUUGGCCUCCCAAAAGUACAAUGCUAACCAUCCAGAUGCAAUUCAGCUGGGUUUGGGGAAGCACAAUUACUGCAGAAACCCAGACAACCGGAAAAGGCCAUGGUGUUUUGUGCAGGUCGGCAGGAGGGCAUAUAUGCAGGACUGCAAGGUGCCACAGUGUCCCACUGAACAAGGAUUCCAGUGUGGCCAUAAAUCAAUGACGCCCCGCUUCAAGAUUGUUGGGGGAAACAGAACACCCAUAGAGAACCAGCCUUGGUUUGCUGCCAUCUACAGGAGACAUCUAGGGGGCAGCUCUUCCUUUAAUUGUGGGGGUGCCCUCAUCAGUUCUUGCUGGGUGAUCAGUGCUGCACACUGCUUUCCUAAACUUAAAAUGGGAGAGAGCUACUUUCUGUACCUGGGCCAGUCAAAGCUUAACUCCGAGACCCUGGGAGAGACUCGGUUUGAAAUUGAGGAGCUAAUUUUACAUGAAAACUUUAGCACUGGAGCCAUCGCUUAUCACAAUGAUAUUGCCCUGCUAAAGAUCCGUUCCAGAACUGGUAAAUGUGCAGAGCCCUCCAGAACUGUACAGACCAUUUGCCUCCCCCCAGCGUAUGGAGACGUACCCAUUGGCAGCGAGUGUGAGGUCACUGGCUUCGGAUUUGAAGAACAGAAUGACUAUAUCUAUCCAGAGUACCUCAAAAUGGCAGUUGUGAGGCCAAUUUCAUACAGGGAAUGUCGACAACCUCACUACUAUGGCUCUGAAGUCACCCCCCAGAUGGUGUGUGCUGCCCAUCCCGAGUGGACGUCAGAUGCCUGCCAGGGAGACUCAGGUGGGCCUCUGGUCUGCCCCACUGAUGGCCGUAUGACUUUGGUUGGCGUUGUGAGCUGGGGCCUUGGCUGUGCCGAAAAGAACAAGCCUGGUGUUUAUGCUCGUGUCUCUCACUUCCUACCCUGGAUCCGGGCCCACACAGGUCCCAUCUGAGGAGACCUAGGGAGCCUAGGAAGGAGAAGGCCAUGCUACUCCCUCUUGCCCUGAUGUCACCAUUUCUGCCACGGACUCAUUUCUACCAGGCAUAAGGACCCUAAGAAGAUAUCCUCUAGAGAGAUGUUCUCUGUAUGUGGACUUCCUGCCAGGGAAUAUGAAAACAGAUUUAACAUUCAGAUUGAGGCAUAGGCACUAGCUAUCUAGGACCUCUUGGCCAAGAUAGGUGGAUGAAGGGGUAGUCACCAAGGUCAGAGGUAGGUGAUUUCAAGUUUUCACAGAGAUUUUAGGUUCUUAAGAACAUCUGGUUACUUACUAAUGGUGAAUCCCAAACUGUCUGGAGAGGAAGAAGUCAGCUCUCCAGAGCAAACUGCCUUCACCAUGGAGUCUAAGUCCAGAUGUUUGCAAAAUGCAAUUAUGAAUUGACUCUGAGCUCAGGGCCCUUGGAGUUCAUGGGACUAUGGCCAGUGUAGAAAUAGACAUCAGGGAUGGGGACCCUAGUGAGAUAAUGGGAGGGCUCCAUGUACACACCAUGGACUAGUCAGGAGAUAGAAUGUUUGUGUCCCUAUGCAUGUGGCUUUGAAUGUGACUGUGAGCAUUAGAAUGUUCUUUGGUCUUGGGGUAUGAACGUGCACUUGGGUGUUUCUCCUGGCGACAGUCCUGGUCUUACUCCUGCUCUCUCAAAGUGCCCUCCUCAGUCCUGUUAUGAGUGGGGCCAGGAUGACUGUGACCGACACUGAAUGUCUAGGUUUCUCCCAAACCCUUAGUCCUCUUCAAUAAUUACCCUCCCUGCUUAUCUAAAUCUUACCAUGUGACAUGAGGGCCGGCCCCUUGGACUGGAUAUUUAAUAAUUAUUUUUGUUAUUUAUUUUUAUUUUUGUAGUAUCACAUGAGUAUCAUUAAUAAAAACAAUUCUUUCUUCU